CCGUGUACCAGUUAUGGAGCAUAAGCAGGUGGGCCCUGACUGGAACUCCUAUACAGAAUAACCUGAUGGACUUGUAUGCUCUCAUCCGGUUAGUAGUUCUGUCAGUUUAUGCCACAUAGUUAUGUUAAAGUGCUGAAAGCUUUUUUUUUUCAAUGGCAUAUCAAAAGUUUAGUUUCAUCUAUUGAAUUGGAAUUAGAUUAGCAAAAGUUGAGCUUUUUUUUAAAUAUAAGAAUUUUUAGAAUUUUUUAUUAUUUUCAGACUAGAGCUCACACAUAGAUUUAGUGCUAAAUUGUGUUUGACAAAUAACUUAGCAAACUCACAGAAUUAUUAGAUAUAAAGCAGGGGUGGCCAAUCCAAAUGGUUUCACAAGCCACUCUGACAGUGAGUCAACUAUUUAAACCAAAUAAAGAAAAUGUAUAAUAAUUGUUUAAACAUUUUUUAUUUACUUUUAUUAACACAACUACCAGUGCUUCCAUACAUAUAAAUAAAUUGUAUAGACAUAAAUUGAAAUAUAACAUAUUACAUUAUUGUAGAUAAAAAAGUGCCUAUCGUUGCCACUUUGAUCUAGGGAGCAGAAAUCAAGGAAUCCCACUGAAGCCUGAGCUCAGACCCCUUUCCCCACUCUUCCAGAAAUUUUUGAUAAUUCAAAAUGCAGAGAUGCAUUUUGGUACAUAUCUGAUUUUUUUUUUUUUUGCACCAUCCUCUAGUUAAGUGGAAAAUAAAAGGAGAGAUGCUUCUGAAAUUGUAGCAUCCCCUCACCUAGAUGUCUUUAUUGAAAUCUUUAAAUUUUAGCAUUUACUAAACAAUUUUAAAAUUGUUGUUUAGAUUUGAGUUUACUACUUUGAAUUUAUUUUAUUUUCAAAAUCAGUCCAAAAGAGGGGCUUGUACAUUAGAAUACAGAAUGCAUCACAAUUUAAUUAUAUUAAAUAUGUGAUAUUGCCAAGAAUGAAAAUAAUGUUCAACGACAUGAAGAAAUAAGUUCAUUUGUGUACUGCUGAAGGACGACAAUAUUUAAAGCUGUGAGUUGUCUACUACAAUUUAAAGCAUUAAGACGUUCAUUUAGGGGCCAUCCAUAAGUAUGUCACGCUAUUCAUGGAUAAUUUUUACUCUCUCAUCACUUGUCACAAUCUGUCACAAACCUUGGAUCAAGGCUACCACAAACUUUAAAAAAUACUUAAUUAACAACUAAUUAAAAUUUAUAAAUGUGACAUCUUCUGUCAGAAUAUAUCCAUCACAACAGAAAGUUAAACAUCACUUUCAAAUUUCAGGUUUUAUAUGCAUGAUAAAAAAAAAUGUGUGAUGUCACAUAUGAGCUUUCCCUCAACCUACCCCCCCACACACAAAACCAUGUCAGAAAUUGUCACAAUUCUUUUAACUCCCUCACCCCUUCUGGAGCAUGACGCACUUUAUGGACAGUCCCUUGGACUCAUUUUUUUAUAUUAUGUUUUCAUUAAGCAGCUACAAUAAAAGUACUAACAAGUGUUGUAAUAAAUUUCACUCUCGCUUCCUCAACCAGCAGAAGAAUAAUGUCCAACUUGGCUUUAAGAAACAGAUAUCUGCAGCUCAUCUACAAAAAAUUUAGAGAAUUUAUAAAUAUAUUUACUGAAUUAGCUCUAGUGUAUCAGAUUUUAGAUUCAUGAAAUAUUUGAAUUAAAAUGAGCUUCUCACUUAUUCUAUUCAAGGUUCUUGCGUUUUAGUCCAUUUGAUCAGUACCAAGUUUGGGCAAGAUAUGUUGGCGCCGAGAAAGGUACGUAACCCUUUGCUGGUGGUAAGAAAGUAAAUAACAAUUUUCAAUUCUUCAAUCAAGCUAAAUAAUUUUAAAAUUACAUCUUUCAGGUGACUUAAAAAGAUUAAACACUAUCGUUAAAGCCCUUCUUCUGAGACG